ACAAAUGUUGUGCACCAAAAACAAUACGCAUGUUAAAUUUUUUCAUUAAUAAUCAAACCCUCUCUCAUUCUCAAAUCUCAACUCUCAACCAAUCUCAACCAACUUCGUUAUUUAUGAGUAUCACUCUAUAAAAGAGUGUGCCUGCUUUAGAGUUGAGAAAACAUUGGAAACGUUAUUCUGGUUUUCAACACUGAGUGAACAAGUUCAAAGAUGGAGAGUGAGAGUGAUCAGAAUAACGAGAUUAUUGAAGAAGCGUCGAAUGGAAAUAAUAAUAAUAACAACACUAUUUCAUCUAGUUCACGAUGGAAUCCAACGAAAGAACAAAUAAGUGUUUUGGAGAAUUUGUAUAAGCAAGGAAUAAAAACUCCGAGUGCUGAUGAAAUACAACAGAUAACCGCUAGGCUUAGAGCGUAUGGUCACAUCGAAGGAAAGAAUGUCUUUUACUGGUUUCAGAAUCACAAAGCUAGACAGAGACAGAAGCAGAAGCAAGAAAAUAUUGCUUAUUUCAAUCGCUUUCUUCAUAGACCUCAACCCAUUUUUCCUUCACCAAUCUGUCCCAAUCCUAUCUGUGCACCAUAUUGUGUACCACAGCAACACAGUCAUGAAUUCAGUUAUUACACUCAAAAUCCAAAACUGCUUCUACCUGCGGUAGGUUAUAGAAGGAACCAAGGUGAAAAAGUUAUGUCAAAUGUCUGCAAUAAUCCAAUGGUAUAUGAAAACAGCAUGCAAAAGAGAAUAUCGGAAUAUGAAACGUUGGAUCUGUUUCCUGUGCAUCCAACUGGCAUAUUGGAAGGGAAAACAACUGACCAGGUGUCUUCUAUUGUUUCCGUUUCCGCUGAUAGUUCCACUGAUACAAAUUCUGGUUCUCCUCAUCAUGUUAUCAAUCAACAGAAUCAACCCUUCUUUGACUUUUUUAAUAAUUCUGCAGGACAAGGUUCUUAGGUUAGUUUCGAUGUUGUUUAAUGUUUCUGGCUGAAAGUACAAACGUGCAACUUUGUGUUCCACAUUUUGUUAUCAUUCAAUGAUAUGGGUUUAUGUUAUUUAGGGUAUUACUAUAUUUUACUUCCUCAUUCUUUCAUGCAUGAAGUCCAUCUAUAAAAUAAUA